AUCUUUGUAUUCUAAAUGGGGAAAAGAAGAAACAUUGUCAGUCAGUCGAGAAAAUUGUCAGUAAGGCUACAUGGCAGCUUUGUAGAUGUUGUGACUAUGCUAGUAGUGGUAUUGAGUAUUUUAUUUUAUAUCUUCAUUUUCAUCUUGUUUUGAGUUCUUUUGUUUCAUAAUCAAUUUGUUAUUUAGCUAUAUGUCAAUGGAACUGCGAUAACAAAAAUAUUACAUAACAAGAUGAUAGGAUUGGCAAUACUUCUGCUCUGCCCAAAUAUUUCUGAAGGUGCGGAAACUGACAGCAAAACAGAUAUCUCAGAUAUAAGUUGGAAACGUGUGACACAACGUACCCAGCUCAUUCCAGCUGACCUGGAAAAGUUUGACCUGCACCUAAAAACUUCAAGUUAUAUGAGGAGUAAUGAUGCAAUUUUGGUAAUGUUCCAUAAUAAAGAAGAAAGGGCAGUAGGAGGUAUUCUUAUCAUAUUCUCUAACGCUGUGGUGUAUGAUCUAUUGUUAUGUCAUGAUCUGAUUGAAGUGCGUAUUUUCUCGAAAUAUCUUAUACCUGCAGAAAUAGAUAAGCAUUGGGUAAUAGAAAAAAAUGGUUAUGGAAUCAGAAUACGUUGUAACGGAGUGCUGGUCCUAGACACAACAGUGUCCUCCAGGACAUGUGAUAGUAAAUGGUCUGAUCAGAGCAAGUACUGGGGACAAAAAGUGAGCAGUAUAAGGUUUUCAAUUGGAGAUAGUUAUGACACUGCGACAAACUAUUAUUACAUAGAUUCCGUUGCAGAAAGUGAUGAGAUUGAGAUCAAGACUAAAAAGACGUCUGCAAUGACUAUUAUUAUUAUAAUCGUGGUUAUAUUAUUCGUUGGCGUGGUCGGUGUUUAUGUUUAUCAUGAUAAUUGCAAGGAUAUAGCUGUACAAAAUAAUAUGCGAGAGGAGCCAGUGUUUUCUGCACCGCCAGAUAAUAUGCGAGAGGAGCCAGUGUUUUCUGCACCGCCAGAUAAUAUGCGAGAGGAGCCAGUGUUUUCAGCACCGCCAGAUAAUAUGCAAGAAGAGCCAGUGUUUUUAGACCAAACUCUGUCGAAUGUUGCUCCGCCGAAAUAUGAAGAAACUGUUCUAGCAUAUGAUGAAGAGAAUGUACCAAGCUAUGAAGACGUAAUGGGUUAUGAUGAUGGUGAUGGUGGUUAUGAUUGUGGUGGUGGUUAUGGUGGUGGUGAUGGUGGUGACUGAUGAAAAUAAAUGAACAAUCCACGUUAACCUAAAUACGGUCACCCCGUAAUCGGAUUUUUGUGAAGAUGUUGAUUUUUUUAAGAUUCCCAACUCUUGGGAUCAUACAUUUCCGGCGAAUGUUUACAAACUUCUCCUAAGCUAAUGAAUCGUAUUCAAACAUUUUUGUGUUGCUGCACUUCUCUUUUAAUAAGUUUCUUCAAGGUUGUUUUUUUACAUUAUAUAUUUUGAUUUAUAAAUAAAGUUCAUUAUAGUUGAAAAUUUUUUUCAACUAUAAAAGUGGCCAUUUUUUCAAGAGGCCACUUUUUAUGAACAUGGACGUGUGGAAUGAGGAAUACGUUACAUAUAAUUAAAUAAGCAUGAGUCAAAUUAAUUAAAUAAGAAUUUAACAUGAGUUAAAUUAAUUAAAUUAUAAUUAAUUAAAUUAGAACAAUAGGCAAUGUUUUCUUAGAAAAAAUUCUUUAUUAAGCAAUUAAGAUAUUAAGAUAACUCAUUUCAACGGUCACCAAACCUCCACAUGAUCGUAAAGCCUAUUUCUCAUGCACGCAUAUUGUCAUAAUAAUUAUGUAGAUUCAGAUUUGUAUUUUUU